CUAGCUGAGAUUGACGAAUCCUCUUCUUGAUACUCCAAAGGACCUAUCAAACUCCCUCGCUAAGAGCACAGGCAUUAGCACGACUUCGAAUCUAAUACCGGCAAAAUGCUAACCCAACUUCUCCCCCUCGCCGCCUUCGCCGCCACGGUCUCGGGCCACGGCCUCAUCACGAAGCCCACCCCCCGCGGGCCCGGCGAUGCGUCAAUCGCCGCGUGUGGAAGCUCCGUCGUGAACAAUAUCAAGGGCGACUUGACAUCCCACGUUGAAGGACUGCCUGAGCUCGCGGCCCAGGACGCGGCAUACAACGCUGAUCUGUGCAAGUUAUGGCUGUGCCGCGGUCUACAGUUCGCCGACAACGUGGCCAACGUGCAGCAGUACACGCCAGGCCAGAGCGUCAACAUUCAAGUCCAGCUCUCGAUCCCCCACGCCGGCUCCGCCAACGUCUCCAUCGUCGACACCAAGACCGACACCAUCAUCGGUGAGCCCCUGCUCUCCUGGCCCUCCGGCUACGCCGACGAGCGCCAGUUCUACGCCCAUCAGACUCCCGCCGAGCAAACCAACUUCAACGUUACUAUCCCCGAUAACCUCGGCUCGCAGUGCUCCGAAGCUGGUGCUUGUGUUCUCCAAUGGUGGUGGUUCGGCAACGGCGCCAAACAGACGUACGAGUCGUGUAUCGAUUUCACCGUUUCGUAAGGGAGUACGGGUCGAUUUCUUGUUGCCUUGGAAUCUUGCCUGUCUAGAUACAUACCUAAGGUAUCUGGCCAAACCAUCUACCGAGAUAUACAAAAUUGUACGAGACAUGUGUAGCCGAAAUCUAUGUGGAAGGGGGAUAGAGCAUGUAGGGGAUGAGGUCGAUAAGUAGAUAUAUAUACGUAUAAAUAUUUUUCGGGGAUCGUUAAGGGUUCCAAGAUUAUGUUCUGUGUCGGAUCUACCUAGGUACCUGGUAAUUCUUGAAUCUCAUAUAUCGUGUCGCAGUACCGGCUGGCAGUUCCGGUCCCGUACGCCGGCCAAGGGCAAGUUCCAAUCCAUACGUUUUAAAUCUUUAUUUUCUGUUUCUUUAUAAGC